CACUCAAAAUCAUAUCUGGCAUAUCAAUUUGACAACUUAAAAGACCAAAAGAGGUGAGCUCGGGGUGUGCUCCUUGCAUAAACUUUUUUCUCUGACACAGAGAGAGAGAGAGAGAGAGAGAGAGGGGUUAAAUUGGGAAAUCCAGUGGACUUAAAAGAGGGAGGUGGUGUAAUAAUGGUGGGGGGAAGUGAGAGAAACCAACAGCAUUCAAUGCGGACAUGUUUGUAUUGACUGCCAUAGUAAAUGAGGAAUAGAUGGGUUUGCAAAAGGAUUUGCUUUUAUUAUGCCCAACUCAAUACCAUUACUACUAAACUUGAACACAGAAUUAGAAAGAGGAAAGUGUGGUUGGUGUAGGAGCUCUGGUAGUGGGGCGAGGAGUUGUUGGAGCUGUUUUUGCUGCGCUCUUCUUCCUCUUCUCAGCUCUCUCUGAUUUUUGUAUUUAUACCUCCUUUCCAUAUUCUUUUAUUGCUUUGUUUCAGUUUUUCGAUUCUUUGAGCAUUUUUUUUUUUCUUCUUGGGUUUCUUAGAAUAUAAAAAAAAAUUCCAAAUGGGUUUGCGGGAUUUUGUGAGACCUGUACAAGGUAUUGGUUUUGAAUCUUUGAGGGAAUGUUGAAUUUGUUAGACCAACUUCCGCGUUUUCUGUUUUUUUUUUUUUUUUCUUGGGUUUUAUUUGAAUGCAUCUUUGGUGGGGUUGGAAAUAUGGAAUUUAUAUUUGGUUCAUAGAUUUCUAGACGGGUUGCUGUUGAAUUUGAAUUGAGGCCAACACACCCUUAAUUAUGGACCCUUGGAGGAUGCUAAAGUUGGGUUUUCUCUGAUCGCAUUAAAGGUAAUAAAGUAAAGGCAUAUCAGCAAGGCAGCUAAAGUUAUGCAAUGUGACUAAAUCUCCAAGGCUCAAGAUUUUGAUUUUGAAAAGCAAGCGUUUGAUUUCUGUGAAACUAGGACACCCCCUUUUGCUUUCCGUUUUGGUUUUCAAACUCAUUCUACUUUGGUCUGGAUUUAGGUUCAGGUUCUUAGUUUUGAGCCUGUACUUGCCUUUUGCUUUCCGGGUUUCAGUCAGACUGGUUUUUUGUUGAGAGAGACAGAGGGGGAAAAAAAAAAAAAAAAAGAAGGAAAAAAAAAAAAGCAUAAGCAUUCAUGCAUCUUUCGCUAUGGAAGCCUAUAACCCACUGUGCUGCUCUAAUAAUGGAGAAGAAGACCAGAAGGAGAAACGGUUCUGGUUUGACCGGGGACGCCAAGCGAAAGCCAUCAAUACUUCGACAGCUGCAAGAGAACAAGCUUAGGGAGGCUCUUGAAGAGGCAUCCGAAGAUGGGUCACUUGUAAAAUCUCAAGACAUCGAUUCCGAGACAUCAAUUCAGGAGAACAGCUUCGGGCGCUCGAGGUCUCUUGCUAGGCUUCAUGCUCAGAAGGAAUUUUUGCGAGCCACUGCACUCGCAGCUGACCGAACCUUUUCUUCGGAGGACUCAAUUCCUGAUAUCCAUGAUGCAUUCUCUAAGUUCCUCUCAAUGUACCCCAAGUUUCAGUCAACAGAAAAGGUUGAUCAUUUGAGAUCAGAUGAGUAUGCUCACCUCGCUGAAUCCCUUUCAAAGGUAUGUCUUGAUUACUGCGGCUUUGGGUUAUUUUCUUUUCUGCAAACUCAGCAGUACUGGGAGUCAUCGGCAUUUACUUUGUCGGAGAUAACUGCAAAUUUGAGUAACCAUGCUCUUUAUGGAGGUGCUGAGAAAGGUACUGCUGAACAUGAUAUUAAGAGUAGGAUUAUGGAUUAUUUGAACAUCCCUGAGAAUGAGUAUGGCCUUGUUUUCACUGUAAGUAGGGGAUCUGCAUUUAAAUUGCUUGCUGAAUCUUACCCUUUUCAAACAAAUAGGAAGUUGUUGACUAUGUUUGAUCAUGAGAGCCAGUCAGUUAAUUGGAUGGCUCAGAGUGCUAAAGAGAAAGGUGCCAAGGUUUAUAGUGCAUGGUUUAAGUGGCCAACCCUGAAACUCUGCUCUAGGGAGUUGAGAAAGCAGAUUACAAACAAGAAAAGGAGGAAGAAGGAUGCUGCAACUGGGCUUUUUGUAUUUCCUGUCCAGUCUAGAGUUACUGGGGCUAAGUAUUCAUAUCAGUGGAUGGCACUUGCUCAGCAAAACAAUUGGCAUGUGUUGUUAGAUGCUGGUUCAUUGGGUCCUAAGGACAUGGAUUCCCUGGGGCUAUCUCUCUUUCGUCCGGAUUUCAUUAUUACAUCGUUUUACAGGGUAUUUGGCUCUGACCCAACAGGAUUUGGUUGCCUUUUGAUAAAGAAGUCUGUUAUGGGAAGUCUGCAAAGCCAAGGUGCACGUACAGGGUCUGGAAUGGUGAAGAUUCUUCCUGUAUUCCCCCAGUACCUUAGUGAUUCUGUGGAUGGCUUUGAUGUUUUUGCUGGAAAAGAAAAGGAUACAGUCGAUAGCGAUGAAGAAUUGUUGCCCGAAACACAAGGAGGAUCUCAGAUGCCUGCCUUUUCAGGUGUAUUCACUUCCAACCAGGUUAGGGAUGUUUUUGAGACAGAGAUGGAUCAGGAUAAUAGCUCAGACAGGGAUGGGGCAAGUACCAUAUUUGAGGAAGCAGAGAGCAUUUCAGUUGGAGAGGUUAUGAAGAGUCCAAUAUUCAGUGAGGACGAGUCAUCAGAUAAUUCAUACUGGAUUGAUUUGGGCCAGAGUCCUUAUGGUUCUGAUAAUUCUGGCCAACUGAUGAAACACAAAACAGGCUCACCCUUGCCGCCAUCAUGGUUUUCUAGCAGGAGAACUAAUAAGCAUUUGUCUCCAAAGACAACAUCAAAAGUGUCAAAAAGUCCAUUGUAUGAUGACAGGAGGGUAAACCUCAGACCGCAUGAAGAUCCUGUAUUGUCUUUUGAUGCAGCUGUAUUGUCAGUGACGCAAGAUGUGGACCAUGUUAAGGGGAUUCCUGAAGAAGAGCAGUUUGCGGAAACUGACGCUGCUUCUGGAAAUGGUAGAAGAUAUGCAGAUGACUUUCAUGUUGGGGAGAUUCAAGAAGAACUGGAAAUCAGAAAACAAAAUUUGCAGAGGGAUUCCAGUUUAAGUUGUGGUGCCGAUGUAUUCAGGCCCAAGAACCAGAUUUCUGGCCUCCAGCAAAGUAACUUUGAAAAGUCUUCAACCUCUGAAAUUUGCCAGGAAUCAAAAGAUAGUGCCAUAAGGAGAGAGACGGAGGGUGAUUUUAGACUGCUGGGAAGGAGGGAAAAAAAUAUCUUUUCUGGUGGUAGAUUUUUUGGUUUGGAAGAGGGUGACCGAGUGGUGAGCAUGGGUCGUAGAGUUUCUUUUAGCAUGGAAGACAGCUGCAGAGGUAGUCAUCUUUUGGAGCCUGGGGAAACAUCUAUUACUAGCCUUGGUGAUGGUGAUUCUAUGAGUGGAGCUGAAUAUGGUGAUGAGGAGUGGGGAAGGAGGGAGCCCGAGAUAAUCUGUCAGCAUCUUGAUCACAUUAAUAUGUUAGGCCUGAACAAAACUACCCUUAGAUUGCGGUAUCUUAUCAAUUGGCUUGUUACCUCCUUGCUUCAACUUCGGUUACCUGGUUCAGAUGGUGUGGGAGUGCCUCUUGUUCAAAUAUAUGGCCCUAAGAUCAAAUAUGAACGGGGUGCAGCCGUAGCUUUCAACGUUAGAGGGUGCAGUGGAAGAGGCUUAAUUCAUCCAGAAGCCGUACAGAGGUUGGCUGAGAAAAAUGGUAUAUCUCUUGGCGUUGGUAUCCUUAGUCAUGUAAGGAUGGUAGACAGCCCAAAGCAACAUCAUGGGACAUUUGACCUUGAAGACAUGUCUCUGUGCAGACCAAUGGCCAAUGGCCGCCAAGAUGCCAAAGAUGUGUUUUUCCGGGUAGAAGUUGUUACCGUAUCACUUGGAUUUCUGACCAACUUUGAAGAUGUUUAUAAGAUGUGGGCUUUUGUUGCCAAGUUUCUUAAUCCAUCUUUUGUUGAAGAAAGGGAUGAGUUAUCUACAGUCCCAGAAGAUUCAGAAACGUAAGACGGGCAACUUGUAGGGAUGUUUUGUUUUCAAUUUUGAAGAAAAUGGACUGGCCAUUGCCUUCUGCUUCCUUUUGUAGUGGACAUAUUCAAGCUAAAACAUCCGAGUGAAAGAGAGGAUGCUUUGUGAGGUCUGUUUCUUUUGCUUCCCCUCGGGAGGUUUUCCUUGUGAGCAGAUGAAUUUGUUUAUUCUUCUUCUUCUUUUUAUUUUUUUCUUUGAAAAUUUUCUAUUUUGUAUUACUUGUACCCAAGCUUCAUGUAGAGUUUGCUCAAAACCAUAAUGUCAGUUCAGGGAUGUUACAUGAAACUUGAAUUAGAAAGGGAAUCCUUUACUGACAAUA